CCUAUCUCUUACAUGACUAAACUACGUUUCUGAAAACCAUUAGUGUAACGCCAUCGAACGAAACAGCUUGUGUAGUGAUCCUGUCGCAAACGUUUGAGGAGCAGAUAUGGCACGUACGAAGCAAACUGCUCGUAAAUCAACCGGAGGUAAAGCUCCGCGGAAACAACUUGCAACCAAAGCUGCACGUAAAAGUGCACCUUCUACCGGUGGUGUGAAAAAACCACAUCGUUAUAGGCCUGGUACCGUAGCGCUCAGAGAAAUCAGAAGAUACCAAAAAUCGACUGAAUUACUUAUAAGAAAAUUACCAUUCCAACGUUUAGUUCGUGAAAUUGCACAAGAUUUCAAGACUGAUUUGCGUUUCCAGAGUGCUGCAAUUGGAGCAUUGCAAGAAGCUUCCGAAGCUUAUUUGGUUGGACUGUUCGAAGACACAAACUUGUGUGCAAUUCAUGCUAAACGUGUUACAAUAAUGCCUAAAGAUAUUCAAUUAGCGAGAAGAAUCCGCGGUGAACGCGCUUAAGCAGUUCGACACUUGAAACUUUUUUCUACUCAAAUUCAUUUUGUCAUUGCAUUCUUCAAUGUUCUCAGAAAUAAUCAGAUUCAUUGUGUUUGAGUUUUUUUCCAUGAGUCAUUACUAUAGUUGACACUGCCAGGCCUUGAGCUAUAAGAUGCAGGAAAUAAAGUAUAUCUGUUAGUUAUAUCCGGUAGUUUAGUUAAAAUACAUUUAUUACUUGAUGGUAGGAAAGUAUGGAGAAGGCACCAAACGGAGUAUGUAGUUCAUAACAAAUAGCAAUGUCAUCUUGCAUAAUUACUUUAUUAUUAUGUACUGCACUAAGUGUACUAAAUGAUAUAUAAGCAAUACGAUAACGUAGAUUUAAUAUUUUGCAAAAAAGCCAGUUAUAUACCAUUAACGUUACUUCGUAAUGUAACUUCUAAAUACAAUUUUCUACACAUCAAACUUAGAAUAGAUUGAGUUUAUAAUACACUGUAAGAUCGUCCUUACGUACAAGUAAAUAUAGGUAAUCUUGUAGCGUUAUAUGAGAAGAAUCUGUAGAAAAUUGAAGUAUUAUUGAAUUAUGUACUAGGAAUGCUAAUAAGUUCAUGUUACUUUACUUGUAUUAUCUAAGUUGAUUCGCAUUUAUGUAUGUAAAUUCAUUGAAAUUAACAAAUUUGUGAAGUUACGAUUUUAUUAAUUAUUCUAUUAUUAAUUUAGUAAUUCUAACUAUAAAGAUCCUUUAAAUUUAACCUAAACUCUUUUAGUGAUAAAGUAUGCUCUUUUUUGUAUAUGUUAGGAAAUUAAAUUUUGGAAUAUACAUAUAAUGUAAUUUACGUUGACCACUAAUACCACCACGUAUGCGUACGAAAUACAAUUACAAAAUUUAAA